CUUUGUUGAAACUUUUCCACUGAUUUAUAAAUUCCCUUGUAAAAGGACUGUUUAUAUAUUUUAAUAAUUUAAGCAGUCUGAUCGCUACAUUUGCAGAGUACUUUGAUGACAAAGAGCAUAUCCAUGUAUGAGAGGUGAUGAUGCUAUGAUGUUAAAGCAAAGAAAAAACACACACAAGUAUUUCCUUGUGAAUGUUGAAAAUACAAAAAUAAUAAUAUGGAUAACGAUGCGAAGCUAUUCAAGUUCGGAUUUCGUCAUCAUCCAACGAGCCAUAUGAAAAUGCAUUCGAAAAAGAAAUAACUUGUGGGACUCAUGGUGCUGCUUUUUUCACAGAGAUAUUAUUUGCUUAAAGAAUCAUGCAAAUAAACGACGGAAAAAAGAAAUACAAGUGUGCGACUUGUGGGUCUGUGUUUGCUCAAAAGUUUUCUUUACAAAGACACCUUACAAUUCAUACUGGUAAGAAGCCUUUCAAGUGUGUUUCAUGUGGUGCUGCUUUUUCUAGGAGCGAUUAUCUAAAUAAUCACAUGAAACAUCAUGCAGGAACGCAGGAAAAUUAUUUACUUAAUUUAUCUCAAAUGCCAAGCUGUAUGAAUUCACACAUUGGAGGGAAGGAUCAUUGUUGUGAGACAUGCGAGGCUUCUUUUCCUACUAAAUCUGAUUUACAUAAACACACGAGAAUGCAAACUGAUGGCAAACAAUACAAGUGUGAUAUGUGUGGCACUUCUUUUAUUCAUUACCACCAUUUACAGAACCAUAUUUAUAAACACAUAAUAGAGAAGCCAUACAAGUGUGCGACUUGUGGGUCUGCGUUUGCUUUAAAAGUUACUUUACAAAGGCACGUUAAAAUUCAUACUGGCGAGAAGCCCUUCAAGUGUGUUGCAUGUGGUGCUGCUUUUUCUAGGAGAGAUAAGCUAAAAAGUCACAUGAAACAUCACUCAGGAACGCAGGAAAAUUCUUUUCCUAAAUUAUCUCCACCGCGAUAUACACAAAUACACACCGAAAGGAAGCCACACAAGUGCGAGACAUGUGCUGCUACUUUUACCUUGAAGUCUAGUUUACGUAAACAUAUGAAGAUACACUCUGGUGAAAAGCCUUACAUGUGUGAUAUAUGUGCCGUUUGUUUUACUCGAUACAACCAGUUACAAAACCAUAUUAAUGCACACAUAGGAUUGAAGCCAUACAAGUGUGAUGCAUGUGGAAUAGCGUUUACUCAAAGUGGAACUUUACAGAAGCAUUUAAGAGUACAUACUGGAGAGAAGCCCUUUAUUUGUGAGGCAUGUGGUGCUGCUUUUGCAUGGAAACAUAAGUUACAAAUCCACAUGAGAAUACACACGGGAGAAAAGCCAUUCAAGUGUGCAAAGUGUGAUGCUGCAUUUUCUAGGAAAGAUAAGCUUCAAACACACAUGAUAAGACAUAAAGAAAAGAACGCAAAGGCCUUACCUCAUUCAUCGCAUUUGCCAAACAAUAUGAUUGAUAACACAAGAGGGAAGAAACAUAAGUGUGAGACAUGUGCUGCGUCCUUCUUUUAUGCUUAUAGCUUACGUACACACAUGAGAAUACACACCGGAGAAAAGCCAUACAUAUGUGUUCUCUGUGACGCUUCUUUUAAUCAAAGCGGCCAAUUAAAAGUCCACAUGAAUACUCACACUGGAGAGAAGCCAUUCAAGUGUGCGACAUGUGGGGUUUCAUUUGCUCAAAAGGGUGCUUUACAGAUGCACAUAACAAUACACACUGGGGAGAAGCCCUUUAAGUGCGAGGUUUGUGAUGCUGGUUUUAUAACCAGAGCAAAGGUUCGAAUUCACAUGAGACGACAUACCGGAGAGAGGCCCUACCUCUGCGAAAUAUGUGGUGCGGUUUAUUCUGGCAAUGAUAAGCUUCGAAUUCACAUGAAGCGACAUGCCGAACAGAAGCCAUUCAAGAGCUAAGCAUGUGAUGCGGUGUUUUGUAGUAAAAGCUGCAAAAACUCAGGGGACGACACAGAAUGCAAAUGGAUUUGUGGCACCUAAAGAUGACAUUUCUAGACCCAUGAGAAUACAUACUUAUGAGAAACCCUUGAUGUUUAAGGCAUAUGGUGUUGUUGUUUCCUAAGCCAGAUAAGCUCCGAUUUUCCCCGAGACAUGUAAUGGACGAAAACCUUUCAAGUGUUAGGAAUGUGGUGCUGUUUUUGUUUUGGAUAGAUAAGCUCUGAAUUCACCUGAGACUAUAUAAUAGAGGGAAGCCCUUCAGGUGUUAGGAAUAUGACGCUGUUUUUGUGUUUGACAGAUAAGCUCCGAAUUUCCCUGAAACAUUUAAUGGAGAGAAGCCCUUCAGGUGUUAGGGAUAUGGUGCUGUUUUUGUGUUGCAGAGAUAAGCUUCACAUGAGACGAAGUACGUUGGAAAGCAAAUGGAUAUGCGACACAUGGAAAAGGGCACUCUCACAGAUAUACCAUUUUUUUUUAAAUCGUAAAUAUCUGCAAACCAAUGAGAUGAAAUUGCUGACAAAAUAUUAGAUCGUAGAUUUUCAUAUUUCCACUCGAAAAUUUAUAUUUUAUGGAUUAAACCGUUAUUUAUGGUUUAAAAAUGUAUAAAACAUCAAUUUUUAAACUUAAAUGUAAAAAUCUGCGAUCUAAUUUUUUGUUGGCUGUCUUAUAUAACUGUUGUCUAUUGAUUUUCGCAAAAAAAUGAAUCGUUCCAAGACAAAAGAAAUGGUAAAACGUUCAAUCUGUGAGAGUGCAGCUUUAAUGCAUACAUAUGAGACGCCAGACAAGUGUGAUACAUGUGGUGCUUCUUUCUCUCAAAGCCACUUUCUACAGGCCCAUGAAACUCCACACAGAAGAAAUAUUAUUGCGUUUUUUGAAGACUUGUUACAUACAUAUAGUAAAUGGAAAGCUAUAAAACUGAGAAACAGGUGGGAAAAUGAAUGUUUCAAUUAUAUGUAGGCCAUAUUAUUACAUACAUUACUGGUGUUAUGACUUCAAAGACAUUUGUUUUCAUAGAAAAUGUUAUUUUAAUGACACUCUUUUUUGUUAAAUAACGUCAUUCUAACAACGUUCAAUGAUACUUGUAAUGAUUUGACGACUGCUGAUUGUAUUACGGCCGUAUUGUACUAUAGUGGCAUACGGACUUCCGUCUAAAUUUGAGUAAUAAUUUGCGUGUUGAUUAUUGAUUGGUAUACAAUAAAAUGUUUUCAGCUACA